CCAAAAUCCAAAAUAGCAAAAUGGAGACUCAGUUAUGUUCCUCUCCCAACGUCCGAAAUGCAAGAUGGACUUAGUACGUAUUAUAAACUAAAGAGUUAAGAUAUUGAAGCACAUAGUACCUAUGUGGACAUAUAAUGUAGAACCUCCUCAAAAUCAACAUCCAUAAAAAUAACCUAACCACAAAAAUCCUUAUUACAUAACCUAGAAUGAUCCUAUCAUGAUCCCAUAAUUCCUGUGACACCAGAUGCCAUCUCCCGGAGGGUAAAAGCAAUGUCCAGGGUUGCAACCCCCAAUCCCAUCUACUGGCGACCGUAACAAACAAACGUGAACGAUGGCUGCGCACGCGUGAACUUUAUCGAUAAGACUCCGAGGGUUCUGGCCGAGAGAGGAGAGGGAGGAAGCGAUCACAAGAGAAGUGAUAGGAUGAUACCGUGGUUGGAUCAGCUCAGUGGCGAGAAACGAAGCGCCUGAGCGUCCUCUCCCGAGGACCACGCCGGUAGAAAUCCUCGAGGAGCGAAAGGACAACGCCUGUCAAGGCUUGCUUGAACUCUUCAAGGUUGUGGUGGGAUUCGUGGUCCGGGUGGGAGAGCAGGUGAGACUAGUUUUGCCGGUAGGAGAAGGAACGGGUUAGUAGAAUAGAAAGGAUCUGCAAGAUGCAGACAGGUCGGAGAAUCGACAUCGAGAAACCUUACUGGGAUCAGAGCACCUAUCGUGGAAGGGCGUUGCACUUUCUCACCGUCACUAACCCUUUGAAUCUGUUUGUUGGGAGCAAACAGCUCGAACUUGCUCGUGACAUCGUUACCAAAUACAGGAAAGGAGACAGCCUGCAGCAACUGGGUAUCACGGAAGAACAAUUAUGGAAAUACAAAUACUUGUACGACAGCGCGUUCCAUCCGGAUACCGGCGAGAAGAUGUUGCUGAUCGGACGCAUGAGUGCCCAAGUUCCAAUGAACAUGAUGAUAACGGGGUGUAUGUUAACGUUCUACAAAUCAACGGCGCACGUGAUAACCUGGCAAUGGAUUAAUCAAUCGUUCAACGCCAUCGUCAAUUACACGAAUCGCAGCGGAUCGAAUCCAGUGCCGAUGAAUACGAUCUUGCAGAGCUAUGUGAUGGCAUCUGGAGGGGCUGUGGCGACAGCCCUAACCUUGAAUCACGCUCUCAAAAAUGCUCCACCGUUGGUGGGUCGUUUAGUGCCACUCGCUGCUGUGGCAGCCGCCAACUGCGUGAACAUUCCCCUCAUGAGGAUAUCCGAACUGAAGAAUGGUAUUGAGUUGCAGACUGAGGAUGGGAAGAGGGUUGGUCACAGCAAACGGGCUGCUAGGAAAGCCAUCAUCGCUGUGACCUUGUCACGUAUACUUAUGGCUUCUCCCAGCAUGUUGCUAGCACCAAUAAUUAUGAACUUCAUGGACCGACGACAACUGCUCCGUAACGCAAAAUGGGCAGUGACACCCAUACAAGUUUUGAUUUGUGGUAUCUGUCUAACAUUCGCAACCCCUCUCUGCUGUGCUCUGUUUCAUCAGCGAGUACCCAUCUCGGUAGACGAACUGGAACCACAAGUACAGAAAGAAGUGCUUUCGCAUGACAGCAAUUUAAAAAUUGUGUACUAUAACAAAGGUCUCUAAACCGACAAGACUGUAUUGGAAAAAUGAUAAAUCAAGGAAACGUGCCGCAAGACGUGAUACAGAUGAAGUUAGCCAAUAUUAUUUCUCGAUUUGAGAGAAAUGAAAUGUACACUCAGGUGCAAUUUAGGCUGCCUGGUGAUUGGUCUUGGGACUAACUCUGAGAGAAACCUGUGCAAGAAUGACCUAUGGAUCUUAGUAUAAGUAGCUCUGAAAGCCUAAAGAGAAUCCUAGGAAACUUAUUAACCAGUCCAAUGAUCCAGGGAGAAUUCUAGGGAGGAACCAGUCCAAAGAUGAUCCUAGGAUCCUGAAAGACAGAAAGAAUUAGCUCUAUGAAACUAAGGGAGAACCUUGUAAUCAGAAGAUCUAGAAAACCCUAGGAAUCUGAGCUAGAUAAAACUCCAGAACCUAGGGUCUUUUCGUCCACACUUCCUGUAACAAAGGAAAACCUAAGUUGCACAUAACUGUACCAUAUCCCCAUGUGUUCUCAUUUGCAAGACCAUCCAAGGAUCAAUAACAAAGACAAUAAAAACAGUACAAUAAACGAAGAUUUAUUGAGUACAAAUUUA